CCGUCUGAGCACCCUCGAGCCCUUUCUCCCUCCUGUCUCUCACUUCCCUCCCCGAUCUGUGACUCGAUUAAUCUCUCACCUCCCUCCCGUCUGAGUACCUUCUCUCCCUCUCUCACUUCUGUAGCCCUCUCUCCCUCACUUCUAUCUCACUUCCCUCCCGUAGCCCUCUCUCUCUAACUCCGAGCUGUGCCUGCGUCCCCUAUCUAUGACUCCAUGCCAUAUUGGAGGAAACUACUGCGUCCAGAUCUGUGACUCAAGGACAUACGUGCCUUCGUGUCCAGCUCAUCCCCUAUAUCACAAAGCUUAUAAAUCAUUUAUUCUCAAUUGGGUUUCUUCUAAUCUUGCUGUAAAACCAUCCUCAGAUCAUCAAAAGUCUCCUUUUUUUUAAGAAAUGGCGAAGGUUGAUUUGUAGUAGAGUUAGAGAACCAAGCAAAUCUAGUGGAAAUGGCAAGCUAUCUGUGGAGGAAAUACGCAGAUUAUUUGUACACAAAGUGGGAAAAAACUCUACUCUGGGACAUGAUCGAUCCGUACAGGCGACCCAAAUCGUUCAAACCUCUUGUUACAAUCUAUAUUGCUGCUUUCUACACUGGAGUAAUUGGUUCUGCUAUCACUGAACAACUCUACAAGGAGAAGUAUUGGGAAGAUCACCCUGGGGAAGCCGUCCCUCUAAUGAGGCCAAAGUUCUAUUAUGGACCUUGGAAGGUACUGAAGGGAGAUGUCCUUCCACCUAAUCAGUGAAAGCCCCAACUCCAAUUGGAAAACGGUGUUAGAGUUUCUAGGGUUGCACUUUUCGUUUAUUGUAGAAACCAGGGGCUCAAUUGUAUUUUGUCAAUGAGGCUUUGCUUAUGGUGGGGUGCCUUUGGCUGGAGAGAAACGAUUGGAGCUUUGAAGAUCAGGAAUGUUCUUUGGAUGAAGUCAAGAGAUUCUUCUUCAAGACUUUUAAUUUUUAAGGGCUACAGCCUACUGUUAUUAUUUCAGUGGGGCUAGUUUACAUGAUUUUCUUGUAUCCAUUUCUAGUCACUAACUUGUAACCAAGUGUUUUUGUUGUAUACUUUAUAUGUACUUGAGCUAUGCUGACCAUCAUGAA